AAAAUCCAAAACCCUAAUUUCGUCUCCCUUCUCCAGCACACGAUCAGCGGACCCGACGACGCCGGCAGAAGAUCUCUCUCUCUCUACCUCUCUCUCUCUCUCUCUCUCUCUGAAACUUCUCCAUGGGUAAGGUCCACGGAUCCCUGGCUCGCGCCGGUAAGGUGAGGGGCCAGACCCCGAAGGUGGCGAAGCAGGACAAGAAGAAGAAGCCCCGCGGCCGCGCCCACAAGCGGAUGCAGUACAACCGCCGCUUCGUCACCGCCGUUGUUGGCUUUGGGAAGAAGAGGGGCCCCAACUCGUCCGAGAAGUGAGGCGGCUUCAUUGGAGCCCGAAAGGAAGAGAAGAGGAGCUGUGUAGGUCUCUGCAAAAAAGAUGGGCUUUUUUUCUUUUUUUGGGUUUUUCGUUUCUUCAUUGGAUUGUGUUAUGCUUUUGAAUUUUAGGGACUUGAAAGAUACUGGAUCAUGUUGAGGUUUUGCCUACCCACUUAUUAGCUAAUAGAUAAUGGUAGUUUUUGUUUCCCAGCUGGUUAUCAAGUUGUUGAUCAUGGAUGGCUGA